AUGCUUCUCUCUCAGACCCGGGGCCGUGUGCCCUCUGUUCUCCGGAGCUUCUCCCGCCGCUCCCUCUCUACCACCAUCCCCAGAUACACCGCCGAUAAGGAUGACUCUGCUCUCAACAAGGUGUCCCGCAAUGUCACACAGCCCAUCUCGCAGGGUGCCUCCCAGGCCAUGCUGUACGCCACGGGUCUUACCGAGGCGGACAUGAACAAGGCUCAGGUCGGUAUCUCGUCGGUCUGGUACAAUGGCAACCCCUGCAACAUGCAUCUGCUCGAUCUCAGCAACCGCGUUCGCGAAGGAGUCCAGAAGGCUGGUCUGGUUGGCUUCCAGUUCAACACGGUCGGUGUCAGUGAUGCCAUCAGCAUGGGCACCAAGGGCAUGCGCUUCUCCCUGCAGAGCCGUGACCUGAUUGCCGACUCCAUCGAGACCGUCAUGGGUGGUCAGUGGUACGACGCCAACAUCAGUAUCCCCGGUUGCGACAAGAACAUGCCCGGUGUGCUCAUGGCCAUGGGCCGUGUCAACCGCCCCAGUUUGAUGGUGUAUGGUGGUACCAUCAAGCCCGGCUGCGCCAAAACCCAGAACAACGCCGACAUCGACAUUGUCUCGGCCUUCCAGGCGUACGGACAGUUCCUGACUGGCGAGAUCACCGAGCCCCAGCGCUUCGACAUCAUCCGUAACGCCUGCCCCGGCGGUGGUGCUUGCGGUGGUAUGUACACUGCCAACACCAUGGCCACCGCCAUCGAGGUCAUGGGUAUGACCCUGCCUGGCUCGUCGUCCAACCCCGCUGAGUCUAAGGCCAAGGACCUUGAGUGCUUGGCUGCUGGUGAGGCCAUCAAGCGCCUGCUGAAGGAGGAUAUCCGUCCCUCAGACAUCCUGACCCGCCAGGCCUUCGAGAACGCCAUGAUUGUGGUCAACAUCACCGGUGGCUCCACCAACGCCGUACUUCACUUGAUCGCCAUUGCCGACUCCGUCGGCAUCAAGCUGGACAUCGAGGAGUUCCAGAAGGUCUCGGACCGCACCCCCUUCCUGGCGGACCUCAAGCCCUCCGGCAAGUACGUCAUGGCCGAUCUGUACGACAUCGGCGGAACUCCUGCUCUGCUCAAGUUCCUGCUCAAGGAGGGCGUCAUCGACGGCUCCGGCAUGACCGUCACCGGUGAGACCCUGGCCAAGAACUUGGAGAAGGUGCCCGGCUUCCCCGAGGACCAGAAGAUCAUCCGUCCUUUUUCGAACCCCAUCAAGAAGACUGGCCACAUUCAGAUCCUGCGCGGCUCCCUGGCCCCCGGCGGCAGUGUUGGCAAGAUCACCGGUAAGGAGGGUACCCGCUUCGUUGGCAAGGCCCGCGUCUUCGACCACGAGGACGACUUCAUUGCCGCUCUCGAGCGCAACGAAAUCAAGAAGGAGGACAAGACCGUUGUCGUCAUCCGCUACACCGGCCCUAAGGGUGGGCCCGGCAUGCCUGAAAUGCUCAAGCCCUCCUCCGCCCUGAUGGGCGCCGGCCUCGGCUCCUCCUGCGCACUCAUCACCGACGGUCGUUUCUCCGGCGGCUCCCACGGCUUCCUGAUUGGCCACAUCGUCCCCGAGGCCGCCGUCGGCGGCCCCAUCGGCCUCGUCCAGGACGGCGACAUCAUCACCAUCGACGCCGAGAAGCGCAUCCUCGACCUCGACGUCCCCGAGCCCGAGCUCGCCCAGCGCAGAAAGGAUUGGGAGGCCGCCAAGGCCGCCGGCAAGUUGCCCCAGACCGGUCUCACCAUGAGAGGUACCCUGGGCAAAUAUGCCAGAACCGUCAAGGAUGCCAGCCACGGCUGCAUUACUGAUUAUAUAGAAUAA